CAAAAAUAUUACGGUUUGGCAAUUAUGAGAAAUCAAGAUAAUGUAGACGAAAUGUAUAAAGCAAUCUGGGCUACGUUUUAUCAUUUGUGUUCAACUGAUGAGAAACCAAACCAUGAUAAUUGUCCAGAAGGCGCAGAAAGUUGGUGCGCUUAUCGCCGCGCGGAAGCUGAAGGAAUGUUGAGUAAGUUUAAGCACGAUUACCUCCCACUGGAUCCAGAAGUUGAAAAAGGUCUAAAGCCUAUUUAUGAAGAUUUAUCUCGGCAUGAAUUGCUUGAUAGAUGCAAAGGUAGUAAUACUCAAAACAAUAAUGAAAGUUACAACGGUUUACUUUGGCACUUUUCACCAAAGCACCUUCAUAAUGGAUUGAAAACUAUUGAAUUAGCAAAUUUUUUUGCAACUUCAAUAUUCAAUGACGGUUACUCCUCAAUUUUAAAGAUAUUUAAUGUAAUGGGAGUAAAAGUUGGACCUGCAGCAAGAGAUUAUACGGCUCUUAAGGACGAGACGAGACUACGAAUCGCUGAUCAUCGCCAACGGGCUUGUUCAAAAGAGGGUCGAUCAUCUCGAAGAAGAGCUUCUUCAGCUCAACAAGCACUUUUUGAGGAAGAGGAAGGUGAAUUAUAUGGGCCUGGAAUAGCAGAUUAGCUGUUUUAUCAACGGAGAAGGCUGCAAUCACUCCAGCAGUGUAGGACCUUUUUUUUUUGGCGCCGCCGGAGAUCGCGUGUCAUUUCAAAAAUAUUUAAUAUUUUAUUUCAAAAAUUUUACCGUGUAUUCUCAAAACAUGUAUAAAUAUACCCUCAAAAUUUUAAAUAGAUGGAUUCACUAGUUUUUUUUUUUUUUAAUUCCCAAAAAUGGCCUUUUUUUAGGUUGUCACACUAGGUGUGCCCCU